CACACAUUCAUAUGGAGAUUUUGGAGUAUAAAUACAGGGCCGAGGCAGAGGAGAGGGCAGCACAGAUCCGACUGGCUCUUCACUGAGACUAUCAACCGAGCAGGACAGGAACGCACAGGCUCCACAGCUAUGGCACCCACUGUUUUUGGACAAAUGAGCUACUCUAAGGAACACUUGACUCCUAUUCAUAAGCUGAGAAAGCCAAUGGUGGAGAAACUACGCCGAGAUCGCAUCAACACCAGUAUCGAGCAGCUGAAGUCCCUGCUGGGCCCCGAGUUCCUCAGGCAGCAGCCCGACUCCAAGCAGGAGAAGGCAGACAUCCUGGAGAUGGCCGUAUCCUAUCUGAGAAGCUGGCAGCAGCAGCAGCAGCAGCAGCAGCAGGCCAGCUCCUCCGGCCUCAUGACAGCCAAUGAUGGUUACUCCCGCUGCGUGCAAGAGGCCAUCAGCUUCCUCUCCCAGUGUGAAGUCCACACGCAGAGUCAUGGCCGGCUGCUCAGCCACUUCCACAGCCUGCAGGCAUCCAGCAGGACCAGCCACAGCCCCUGCACCCUUUCCCCUCCCGGCUCACCGCUCCACCCUGCCAGCAACAAGGGUGUGAGCCCAGCCGGCAGCCUCAUCUGGAGGCCCUGGUAGACUGGAGGCAUUUUCAGCUCCACACAAACAGAACCAAGUCUGUGAACGUCACGGACGGCAAGUUGAAGACUGGCAGAAGUCUGCGUCUUUUGCAUCAGCAAGAGAUUCUUUUGUUGAGUGUUCACCGGUGUGAAGAAGAGGGCACGGUGUGCCUGUAUUCCUUUGGAAAAACUGAAAUUAGUUGAUUCAGGUUAUACUGAACAUAUACACUAUGUGUAUACAUAUUCACACUUUUUCAGUGUUCAUGUUUAUUGCUCCUGUGGGAAACAUUGGAUGCUGAAACUGUUUGUUUUGCAAAUGCUACUGAAUUCUUUGUCUGUUAUAUGACCCAUAUUGGGUUGCAAUUUUUUGGUGUCUGAGACACUGUUUGCUUUAUGUGUUUUGAUAUCUUAUAUCACUGACUGAUACAUUGCAUCGACGUGGUGUUAUGAAUCAUCAAUAUCCCUUAAAUGGAUCCAAUGGAUCUAUUUUUACUGUAAAUCUUAUUGUGAUUAUCUUUUAAUUUGACAAAUAUGUAACCAUUAAUUGGCUUAUGUGUUAAAGAAUAUUAUUGAUGGCAUUGUACUUGCUGAUAGUUGUUCGCUUGUAACACUCAGAUUAGAUGUUAUGGCAUCUGCAAAUGAUUACCUUUCAUAAGGAAUUUUAUGUUGUCAAUGUAAAUCUUUUUUUAAAAAAAAGAAUCUGUUUUUAUUUCUUCAUUGAGAAGUAUUUCAAUGUUUCAAAAAUAAAUGGAAAACUUCAGAUGAAGUUUUGCAAAA